UUGUCCUAUUUCUUGUACUUGAUUUAUUUCUCUGCUCUGUUUGCAGAGGCAAAAUCUAGUCAAAGGGAAUAUGCAACUCUUUUCAGUGGAACAACAGAGAAGUCAAGCUCUGGAAGCUCAUGUUGCUGCUUUUGUACAAUUUAAAGUUCCAGGGAAUGAGAUUCCUUCUACUCUCAUUUCCUUUGCAACAAAGACUUUUAAUGCUGGCCAAAUUACAUCAAAGCUGCAUGUUAUAGAUCUUGGUGCCCAACCAGGUGGUGUGUUUUGCUUUAAUGGGCAUUGGCAGCUCAUUUCAUGCUCAAGAAACUGCUGUGAGUGGGCAAUUGGAGAGUCGAGUGUGGUUCUGGCCUUCGGGUACUGUGUGACUUCAGGCCAUCAACUACAGAGGUUAACAUAACAAUAAAUCUUUUACUUGU